CUCUCUACAAUAGCUAAACACGAUUUAGAAUCGUUUGUCGUACCUCCAUGCCCCAUGCUUUUGGUGGUUUGGAACUGCUACCACAACAAAACACUUAUCCCGAGCUGUUCUUGUGUUACAUUUCAGCUUGAUAUUUUCAGAAAAAACAGAUAUUGAUACAACAACUGUUGAAGAAAAUAAAGCCACAGGAUGGCGGACGCAACGGCUCGUUCCCUGCAGUACGAGUAUAAAGCUAACUCAAAUCUUGUGUUGAGUGUUGACAGAACUUUGAUAGACAGGAGAGCAAGAGAUGAGGCCACAGGAGAAGUUAUGUCCCUUGUUGGGAAACUAGUUGGCACAAGGAUGGGUGACAAAGCUCUGAAAAGUAAACCACCGAUGAUGGAGGAAAGAAAAAAUAAACGCCGGAAGCGAGAUGAAGCACAGCAUGACAUGGUGAAGAUGAAAGGAGCUACCCUUCUUUCUGAGGGAAUUGAUGAGAUGGUGGGGAUUCUGUACAGACCAAAAACUACAGAAACACGUCAGACAUAUGAGGUUCUUCUCAGUUUCAUUCAGGCUGCCCUAGGAGACCAGCCUCGCGAUGUUCUGUGUGGUGCUGCUGAUGAGGUGCUGAUUGUCUUGAAGAAUGAGCGCAUGAAAGACAAGGAAAAGAAAGUUGAAGUUGAAAGUUUGUUGGGAGAACUCGCAGAGGAAAGGUUUGCCCUGCUUGUCAACCUUGGCAAGAAAAUCUCAGACUGGAACCAAGAGGAAAAAAUGCAGACAACUGAAACCAUUGACUUUGACGAAACAUAUGGUGUCAACGUACAGUUUGAAGAGUCUGAUGAUGAGGAUACAGCAGAUAUGUAUGGUGAAGUCCAAGAGGAGAAGGAUGUAGAUGAGGAUAAUGAAGGAGAAGAAGCUGCAUUUGAUGCUACUCUACAUGCAAAUUUAUCUGAGGAGGCGAAGAAUAAAGCAGACAAGGGACUUCACCCCAGAGAAAUUGACGCAUUUUGGAUCCAGCGUAAAAUCAGCAAAUUUUAUCCAGAUGAUCCAAAUAUGGCUCAAAGCAAAGCAAAGGAAGUGCUUGAAAUUCUGAAGACGGCAGCUGAUGACAGAGAAGCAGAGACAAAACUUGUGAUGCUCUUGGAUGUUUCUCAUUUUGAAUUCAUCAAAGUCUUGCGACAACACAGACAAAUGAUCCUGUACUGUACGUUGCUGGGUCAGGCACAGACUCCUGCGGAGAAGAAGAAGAUAGAACAGACGAUGUUGGCCGACCAGGAUCUGAGUGUGAUCUUGAGCGCCCUUCAGGACACGGACCAGGAUGAUAUCGUCGGCGAGGAGCGGGCUCGACGCCAGCAGGCUAGGCAGUCCAGGGUUGCUGCUGAUAUUGAGGCUAUGGAUGUCACUGAGGAGGAGGAGGUUGGUCCAGUCCAGACCCUGUAUCUGGAGGAUCUUGUAUUCAGCCAGGGCAGUCACCUCAUGGCCAACAAAAGAUGUCAGCUGCCGGACGGCUCCUACAGGAAGCAGAGGAAAGGUUAUGAAGAGGUUCAUGUCCCUGCUUUGAAACCAAAGCCUUUUGACAACAAUGAGGGUGCAGGAAAGACCAAUGUUGCUCUUCUCACAAUCAUGAGGGAAAUUGGAAAGCACGUCAAUGCUGAUGGAACUAUAAAUGCUGAUGACUUCAAGAUCAUAUACAUUGCCCCGAUGAAGUCUUUGGCACAAGAAAUGGUUGGAAACUUCUCAGACCGUCUUGCCUCCUACAAGAUUCGUGUGCAAGAACUGACAGGAGAUCACCAGCUGACCAGGGAACAGAUUGCAGCUACUCAAGUGAUUGUGUGCACCCCGGAGAAGUGGGACAUCAUCACCCGCAAGGGAGGGGAGAAAACCUACACCCAGUUUGUCAGGCUGGUCAUAUUUGAUGAGAUUCACCUGCUUCAUGAUGACAGAGGACCCGUUCUGGAAGCUCUUGUUGCCAGAACUAUCCGCAACAUCGAGACUACCCAGGAGGAUGUGCGACUGGUGGGUCUGAGUGCAACACUGCCCAACUAUGAGGAUGUGGCAGCCUUCCUGCGGGUGGACCCUAGGGAGGGACUCUUCUUCUUCGACAACAGCUUCAGGCCUGUGCCGCUGGAGCAGCAGUUCAUCGGGGUCACCGAGAAAAAGGCCAUCAAGAGAUUCCAGCUCAUGAAUGACAUUGUGUACGAGAAAGUCAUUGAGCAUGCAGGAAAAAAUCAGGUGCUGGUGUUUGUCCACUCGAGAAAGGAGACCGGGAAGACAGCCAGAACCAUACGAGAUAUGUGUUUGGAGAAGGACACUUUAGGCCUGUUCAUGAAAGAAGGAUCAGCUUCCACUGUUGUUCUGCGACAAGAAGCAGAUCAAGUCAAGAGCUCAGAGCUGAAAGAUCUUCUUCCUUAUGGCUUUGCUAUUCAUCAUGCUGGAAUGAAUAAAGUGGACCGGAAACUGGUGGAAGAUCUGUUCACCGAUCGUCACAUCCAGGUGCUAGUGUCCACCUCUACCCUGGCCUGGGGUGUCAAUCUGCCGGCACACACGGUCAUCAUCAAGGGGACACAGAUCUACAGCCCGGAGAAAGGCCGAUGGGUGGAGCUCAGUGCUCUUGAUGUCUUGCAGAUGCUUGGCAGAGCAGGUCGUCCUCAGUAUGACACAAAGGGAGAAGGAAUCAUGAUCACCAAUCACAGUGAGCUGCAGUAUUACCUGUCUCUGAUGAACCAGCAAUUGCCAAUUGAAAGCCAGUUCAUCAACAAACUUGCUGACAAUCUGAAUGCUGAGGUGGUGCUGGGCACAGUUCACAAUAUCAAGGAAGCGGUGGAUUGGCUUGGCUACACGUACCUGUACAUCCGAAUGCUGCGUAACCCGACGCUGUACGGCGUCUCUCAUGACACCUUGAAGGAUGACCCCCUGCUGCAGCAGAGAAGAAGGGACCUGGUCCACACUGCAGCCUGCCUUCUGGACAAGAACGGGCUCCUGAAGUAUGACAGAAAGACCGGGAGUUUUCAGGUGUCCGAAUUGGGACGUAUUGCCAGCCACUACUACAUCACCAACGAGAGCAUGGCUACGUACAACCAGCUGAUGAAACCCACACUGAGUGAGAUUGAGCUGUUCCGGGUCUUCUCCCUGUCCUCUGAGUUUAAGUACAUCUCUGUCCGAGAGGAGGAAAAACUGGAGCUGAUGAGACUGUUGGAGAGGGUCCCAAUUCCAAUCAAGGAGAGCAUUGAAGAACCCAGUGCAAAGGUAAAUGUCCUCCUGCAAGCAUACAUCUCCCAACUGAAACUGGAUGGCUUUGCCCUGAUGGUAGAUAUGGUGUUCAUCACCCAGUCUGCUGGUCGGUUGAUGAGAGCCAUCUUUGAGAUCUGUCUGUACCAUGGCUGGGCCCAGCUUGUGGACAAAGCCUUGGCCCUUUGCAAGAUGGUGGAUAAACGCAUGUGGCAGUCAAUGACUCCUUUAAGGCAGUUCCGAAAGAUUCCUGAGCAAGUAGUGAAGAAGAUUGAGAAGAGGAACUUCCCUUUUGAACGCCUUUAUGACCUGAAUCACAACGAGAUUGGUGAGCUGUUGAAGCUUCCCAAAAUGGGCAAACCUAUCCACAGAUACAUCCGCCAGUUCCCACGGCUGGAGUUGUCCGUUCAUGUCCAGCCUAUCACCAGAUCCACUCUCAAGGUUGAGCUCACCGUCACACCAGACUUCCAGUGGGAGGAGAAAAUACACAGCAAUUCAGAGGCCUUUUGGAUUUUAGUGGAAGAUGUGGACAGUGAAGCGAUCCUUCAUCAUGAAUAUUUCUUGCUGAAGAGCAAAUUUGCUACUGAUGAGCACGUCGUGAAGUUCUUCGUCCCAGUGUUUGAACCCUUGCCACCCCAGUACUUCAUCAGAGUAGUGUCAGACAGAUGGAUUGGUGCUGAGACUCAGUUACCAGUGUCUUUCCGCCAUCUGAUUCUCCCUGAGCGAUAUGCUCCUCCGACUGAACUGCUGGACCUGCAGCCUCUGCCCAUCACUGCCCUGCGGAAUCAGACAUUUGAGACCCUUUACAGUAGCAAGUUUCCCAUUUUCAACCCCAUUCAAACACAAGUGUUCAACGCUAUCUACAACAGUGAUGACAACGUGUUUGUAGGUGCUCCCACUGGCAGCGGGAAGACAAUCUGUGGAGAAUUUGCUGUUCUCCGAAUGUUCUCACAGAACUCUGAGGGCAGGUGUGUCUACGUGGCACCUCUGGAGGCUCUGGCACAGCAGAUUUAUGCAGACUGGUCUCAGAAGUUUGGUGCAGUCUUGGGGAAGAAGGUGGUCAUCCUGACUGGUGAAACUGGCACAGAUCUCAAACUGUUGGCAAAGGGCAACAUUGUGAUCAGCACGCCGGAGAAGUGGGACGUUCUCUCCCGGAGGUGGAAGCAGAGGAAGAAUGUACAGAACAUCAAUCUCUUUAUUGUGGAUGAGCUUCACCUCAUUGGAGGAGAGGCUGGGCCUGUUCUGGAGGUGAUUUGCUCCCGAAUGAGGUACAUCUCAUCCCAGCUGGAGCGGAACAUUCGGAUUGUGGCCCUGAGCUCGUCUCUCUCAAAUGCCAAAGACAUCUCCCAGUGGUUGGGCUGCCCCACCUCAGCUUUUUUCAACUUUCACCCUAAUGUGAGACCAGUGCCGCUUGAGCUUCACAUCCAGGGUUUCAAUGUGUCCCACAAUGCCUCUCGCAUCAUUGCGAUGGCCAAACCCACAUACCAGGCCAUCAUGCGACACUCCCCGAAAAAGCCGGUCAUCAUUUUUGUCCCGUCCCGGAAGCAGACCAAACUAACGGCCAUCGAUGUCCUGACCUGUGCAGCCGCAGAGAUGCAGGCUGGGAUAGAUGAGAAGCCACACAGCCGGUUCUUGCACGUCACGGAGGACGAUCUCACACCGUUCCUGGAGAAAAUCAGUGACCUGACACUGAAAGAGACACUGGCCAAUGGAGUGGGCUACCUGCAUGAAGGUCUCAGUGAGUCCGAAAGAAAGAUUGUGGAGCAGUUGUUCAGCUCAGGGGCUGUGCAAGUGUUGGUGGUGGCCCGGGAUCUCUCCUGGGGCAUCUCUGUGUCGGCCCAUCUGGUGGUGGUCAUGGACACACAGUACUACGACGGCAAGAUGCACUCCUAUGAAGACUAUCCAGUGACCAAUGUUCUUCAGAUGGUGGGGAAAGCCAACAGACCACAGAUUGACCAAGAAGGUAAAGCCGUCAUCAUGUGCCAGAGCUCAAAGAAAGAGUUUUUCAAGAAGUUCUUGUAUGAACCCCUUCCUGUGGAGAGCCACCUUGACCACUGCCUUCAUGACCACUUCAAUGCGGAGAUAGUGACCAAGACCAUUGAGAACAAGCAGGAUGCCGUGGACUACCUGACCUGGACCUUCAUCUACCGCAGGAUGACACAAAAUCCCAACUACUACAACCUGCAAGGUGUGUCUCACAGACAUCUCUCUGAUCACCUGUCUGAAAUUGUGGAAAACACCAUCAAUGACUUGGAGCAGUCUAAGUGCAUCAGCAUAGAAGACGACUUUGAUGUUUAUCCACUGAACUUGGGCAUGAUUGCAGCGUACUAUUACAUCAACUAUACCACAAUUGAACUGUUCAGCAUGUCUUUGAACAGCAAGACGAAAAUUAAAGGUCUCAUUGAAAUUGUGGCCAACGCAGCUGAGUAUGAGAAUCUGCCCAUCCGACAUGGUGAGACGGCCAUCUUGAAACAGUUUGGAACUCGUUUACCAAACAAAAUGACAAAUGCCAAGUUCAACGACCCUCAUAUAAAGACAAAUUUGUUGCUGCAAGCUCACCUGUCUCGUAUGCAGCUGUCAGCAGAACUGCAGAGUGACACAGAGGAAAUUCUCAGCAAGGCCAUCCGGUUGAUCCAAGCAUGUGUGGAUGUGCUGAGCAGUAACGGCUGGCUGAGCCCUGCCCUUGCGGCCAUGGAACUGGCCCAGAUGGUGACACAGGCCAUGUGGUCUAAGGACUCUGCUCUUAAACAACUGCCUCACUUCACUGCAGACAUCAUCAAACGCUGCCACGACAAGAAUCUGGAGUCCAUCUUUGACAUCAUGGAGAUGGAGGAUGAGGAGAGGAACAGCCUGCUGGAGCUGUCUGAGUCGGACAUGGCUGACGUGGCUCAGUUCUGUAACAGAUACCCCAACAUCGAGCUCACCUACGAGGUCCAGGACAAAGACAGCAUACACAGCGGCUCCAACAUUAAUGUGACUGUGACCUUGGAGAGGGAGGAUGAGAUCACAGGACCUGUCCUUGCCCCAUUCUUCCCUCAGAAACGUGAAGAGGGCUGGUGGGUGGUCAUCGGUGACCCCAAGACCAACUCGCUUCUGUCCAUCAAGAGGCUGACCCUGCAGCAGAAGGCGAAGGUCAAGCUGGACUUUGUGGCCCCCUCCAACGGACGCUACAACUACUUCAUCUUCUUCAUGAGUGAUGCCUACAUGGGAUGUGACCAGGAGUACAAAUUCAGCGUGGAUGUCAAGGAGGGAGAGAGCGACAGUGACAGCGAUUAGGACAUGCUCUAUUGUCAGUGGCUACCUUUUGCUGUGUCUUUUUACUUGAAAGCAGACCUACCAAUACUUGCUUGUGUAUGAAAUUUGUUUGUAUGAAACUCUUGUUUCUUGUGUACGAGACGUGACUUGUUUGAGUGUAAGGUAUGUGUGUUACUGUCACUUGCUGCUUGUGUAUAAGGCAUAUGUACAUAUGAUACUGCAAAGAUUGUGGUAUGACUUCUGAAGUGGGUGUGCUAACAUUGAAUACAGGUUAUUAUUUGUGUAUCGGGGCAAUAUUUUUAGAUGAGUUGAAGAUGUGAUAGAUUACAGCAGGGUUUUUUUUCCUCUGCCUUCUUACUACUUUGAGUUUUAAUAUAAUUAUUCUACUGUGAAUUCCUGGUAUCGUAGUACUUGUUACUUCCAGACUUUCAGUAUAUUGACACUUAUUGUAGGACAAAGGCAUACAAUGCAAAUAGCAGACAAUUAACUCACUUGCGACUGGGCCCUUUCACCAGUCACAAGCGUUGAAGACUGGCGUUUUGGGGGGUAUUUCAAUAAAUCACCACAACUCUCAGAAUUACC